GUCUCAUACGGUGUCCUGAGCGUAGAGGAAGAACAGCGCUCUGAUGCUCGUCCUGGUCCUGGCGCGGCUCUUCAACCCGCGCGUUCACGAUACCGGUACACUCGCUACAUGAUGGCCGAGGGAGGCGGACCCGAGUCGGGCGGCGCGGCAGACUCCGACUCGGAGCCGGUAGCCGCUCAAAUGCCAACCCCAUCAACCGAAAGUCAAAAACAGACAAUCGGGUCACUUUUGAAAACAACUCUAAGAAAGGGAGACGAAUGGUAUCUAAUAGACAGCCGGUGGUUCAAACAAUGGAAGAAGUAUGUGGGAUUCGACAGCUGGGACAUGUACAAUGUUGGAGAACGAAGCCUCUACCCAGGACCAAUAGAUAACUCUGGACUGUUCUCAGACCAGGAGACUCAGGCCCUGAAAGAGCACCUUAUAGAUGAGCUUGAUUAUGUCCUCGUACCCACUGAGGCAUGGAGUAAGCUUGUCUGUUGGUAUGGCUGCCUCGAUGGCCAGAGACCCAUCGUCCGAAAGGUUGUGGAACAUGGCAUGUUUGUCAAGCACUGUAAAGUGGAGGUCUAUUUGCUGGAGCUGAACUUGUGUGAGAAUGACAACAUGGACAAUGUAGUCACGCGUCAUUUCAGUAAAGCUGAUACUAUCGACACCAUAGAGAAGGAGAUGAGGACGCUGUUCAAUAUCCCGUCAGAGAAGGAGACACGACUCUGGAACAAAUACAUGAGCAACACCUACGAGCAGUUGAACAAGCCAGACAGCACUGUACAGGAUGCUGGUCUCUUCCAGGGGCAGGUGCUUGUGAUCGAGCGGAAGAACGAGGAUGGCACGUGGCCAAGGCAAGCCUCCCAUCCUAAAUCCAGUACAACCCCAUCAAGGAACUUCACUACCUCCCCAAAACUGUCCUCCAACUCUACAGCCAGUAUCUCCUCAACAAUAACCAAUGGAGACAGCAGCCCUGGCUACACACUUAACAACAGCACCUCCUCUGGCAACAGCAGAUUGGGUGGCUACAACUCCUACAGCUCCUCCUACAACUACAGAGAGUCCCAGUCGCAGCCUGGCCUGUGUGGUCUCAGCAAUUUGGGAAACACAUGCUUCAUGAACUCUGCCCUCCAGUGCCUGAGCAAUGCAUCUCCACUAACAGAGUACUUCCUGGAAGACCAAUAUGAGGCAGAGAUUAACCGAGAGAAUCCUCUGGGAAUGAGGGGCGAGAUCGCAGAGGCUUAUGCUGAUCUAGUAAAGCAGAUGUGGCUGAGUCGCAGCAGCUAUGUGGCCCCGCGGACCUUCAAAACGCAGGUGGGACGCUUUGCCCCACAGUUUUCGGGCUAUCAGCAGCAGGACUCACAGGAGCUGUUGGCUUUCCUGCUUGACGGGCUCCAUGAAGACCUGAACCGUGUCAAGAAGAAGCCUUACCUUGCCCUAAGGGACGCAGAGGGACGUCCAGAUGAGAUCGUUGCCAAGGAAGCCUGGACAAACCACCGCUUGCGCAACGACUCUAUAAUAGUGGACAUUUUUCACGGCCUCUUCAAAUCCACCUUGGUGUGUCCAGAGUGCUCCAAGGUGUCUGUAACCUUCGACCCAUUCUGCUACCUCACACUGCCUCUGCCUAUGAAGAAGGACCGGACGAUGGAGGUUUUCUUGGUGCGAUCUGACCCUCAGUCUCGACCCACGCAGUAUCGAGUGGUGGUCCCUAAACUUGGGACAGUGGCAGAUCUGUGCAGCGCCUUGUCCAAACUCUGUGGUUUCCCUCCAGAAAAUAUGGUGGUGGCUGAUGUUUACAAUCAUAGGUUCCAUAAAAUCUACAGACGGGAUGAUGGCCUCAACCAAAUCAUGGAAAAAGAUGACAUCUUUGUGUAUGAGGUACAGGAGGAAGACAGUGAGAGGAUGAACCUGCCUGUUUAUUUCAGGGAGCGCCACUCCAAGCACACGGGAAGCUCUGCAAGCACCAUGCUGUUUGGUCAGCCUUUACUCAUCACCGUGCCGCGACACAACCUCAUAGCGGACGUUCUUUAUGACAAGAUCCUGGAGAGGAUCGGACGCUAUGUAAAACAACCCCAGAGCCCUAACAGUGAAAGCAGAGCCUCAGCCUCAGCCACCUUUACCAGCUGCAGUCAGGCUCCUGAAUGUUCUAUGCCGUCCAGCCUGGGAGGCUGUGGCAGCCCCCUGUCUGAUGAGGCGUCCUGCAGUGCCAGCUCCAGCAAUGGCAGCAACCACUCAGGGGCGUGCAAUGAAACCAAUGGGCUGUAUGAUGCUGAGGAGGAGGCCAUGGAUCACCAGGUGAGUCCAGAGCCGGAGAACGGCCAGUCCGAGGAGGAGGAGGAGACCUCCGACUUAGAAAAUGGGCCUAAGGGAGACUCGGCCAAGCAGUGCUCUUCUCCAGCCAAGCUCUUCACCUUCAGCAUCGUGAACUCAUACGGAACAGCCAACAUCAGCCCGCUGCCUUGUGAUGGAAAUGUCCUCAAACUCAAUCCACAUUCGACAGUGGCCAUUGACUGGGACACAGAAUCAAAGAAGCUGUGCUAUGAUGAACAGGAAGCGGAGGCCUAUGAGAAGCACGAAAGCAUGCUCCAGCCCCAGAAAAAGAAGGCCACUGUGGCUCUGAGGGAAUGCAUCGAGCUCUUUACAACCAUGGAGACACUCGGAGAACAUGAUCCAUGGUAUUGUCCAACAUGUAAGAAACACCAACAGGCCACAAAAAAGUUUGACUUGUGGUCGUUGCCUCGCAUUUUGGUAGUUCACCUAAAGCGCUUCUCCUACAACCGGUGUUGGAGGGACAAGCUGGACACAGUGGUGGACUUCCCCAUCAGGGAUCUGAACCUGUCUGAAUUUGUCUGUGACCCUAAGGCCAUCCCCUACACGUAUGACCUCAUUGCUGUGUCAAACCACUAUGGAGGAAUGGGAGGGGGUCACUACACAGCUUAUGGCAAGAAUAAAGUGGAUGGAAAAUGGUAUUACUUUGAUGACAGCAGCGUCUCCUCUGCCACAGAGGACCAGAUUGUGACUAAAGCCGCCUACGUGCUGUUCUAUCAGCGCAGAGACGAGGAAGCCCCCUCCAAACCUCAGCCUUCGGCCUCGCUGGGAGGAGCCCUGGAAACGGCAGACGACCACAUGGACACAAACUGAGGAGACCCGACACUACGGGACACGCACUGAAAAACACACACGGCAAAUAGAGACACUCGGACGCGCACACACAAAGCUACUUUAGAAACCGAGGACUCAUCAUUAAUAACCCUACCCUCCCUGCAUUUUAUUUGAUUUCUGUCUCGUAUGUUGUCAACUAGAGCCAACGGCCUUGUCAGGAGAGUGACCUGAGGCACUUCCUCUCUGCAGCGGGGAGUCUACUGAUUCCUGAAUAUAGUUUACUAGUGUGGAACUCAGAGGAGUACAAAUGGAUAGAGACCCUCUCCCUGGAUGAACAGAAUGUUAGAAGUGCCCUCAAAUGCUUAGAUUAACAAAUAUUUCUGUUGCCCCCAACAACAGUCAGAAAUAUUUCAAAAAGCCAAAUGCAAAUGUUGUUUCAACCAAAGCGUACCAAGAUAUUUAUGAUGAAGUGAACCAACCUUGUAGUUUUUUCUUGCAGGAUUCUGGCAUUGUGCCUAGAUUUAUCUCUGAGAAAUCUUGCUGUGCUGCAGUGGAUGCAAACUCUAAACAGUGAGAUGUGCACACGGAACAAUACAUGCCAUGCUUGUUGAAAGAAUCCUGCUGCCUUCUUUCACCUGUGCAGAGUGGAGCACUGAUGGGGAUCUCGUUGCUGCAGAGUAGCUGUGGCAGCUGUGCUCCCGGCCUGCCAGGUCUGUGUUGCAACCUAAACCACAGAUGGGUGUUGUCAUGUUUUUUUAAGGUUUUAAGAUCUGCAUCCUGAAAUGAGUUUUGGCAGAAGUAGUGUAACCUUGCUCCUCUUCUGUCUCCUUUUUUUUUUUUUUCCCUCGGCACACAGUUUGGUGUAAAAUUACGAGAGAAAUUUCACCCCGCUAACAAUUUUUCUUUUCCCCCUUUUUUUUUUUUUUGUAAUCACAAUGCAAAAGCGGCCUUUUGAUUCCUGCAACCUGACAAAAAAAAAAGGAGGCACUUUGAAUUCUCCACGAGUACAUUAUCUACCUGCUUCUUGGGUAUCUAGCCAUGACAGCAUUGUAUGGUUUGGCCUUAGCAUUAAGGGUUAUGGUCUGUCAUACACUUUCAGAUCAUUUUUAAUGUGUCUUAUUGAACAUAUUUUGAUUGCUGCCUGAUUGGACCCCUAGCUCACCUGCAACGGCUUGUCCUUAUUAGUCUUGUACAUUAAUGCAGCUCUGUAUUGAAAUGGCUCUGUUAUUUGAUAUCUUCAAAGCACACUGAGUGACGAAAAAUAAACUAGUACAAAAGUGGUGCUUUAUUCAUGAAACUUGAACUUGCUCCUUGUCCUGAAGAAACAUCAACAUGUGUCAUCAGACGAGGUCAGGACUGCUGUACCUUAUCAGCUUUCUCAGUGAAUUCAGGCAUUUUGAGCCAGUUCCUCUCCUUCCAGUGAUCAUAGACUGAGGUACUUAGUCAAAUUUGACAGAUCUGUCAAUGUUGGUAGCAUAAGAAAUAAUCUCUGAUCUUUAUGGAGUCACAAAAUUCUCACAGGAAGCACAGCUAACACAGGUGUAUGUAUUCGACUGAGGUUCAAUUGAAUCAUCACGCUCAGUUAAAGGGGUCUUGUAGUGAAACCAGAUGGCGGUCAGUACUUACCAUAAGUCUUGUUCUGUGGUUUUAACUCUACACUUGUUGCAUAACAGCAUGUUGAUAUGAAGGGCCUCCAAGUGCCCUUUUUGCUGGUCGGUCAUGCCGUCAUUAUGUUGUUGAGAGAUGACUACCUAAAUAUAAUCAUUUAUGCCUAUGACUAGAAAAAAGCUUUACAUCAUAUCUGUAAUACUGAACACUUAGUUGAAAAUCAAACGCAGCCAAUCUGGUUUUCUUUCACUUAAAUCAUGGCAGCAAUUCAAAUUCAAAACGACAACACAAGAGAUGUAAAUAAUCAAACUAUUUGAAAAUAGGUGUAUAAAUUCUUGUCCUCAUAUUUAUCUUAUUGCUGAUAUCUGCAGUAUUUGUUUUUAAAUGAGAAAUAUUUGAAUUCAAAGUACAAUAAAGACUGGAAGCCUCAA